AAUGAGCCUCUCUUGAGCACUCAAAUCAGAACUAGAGUUUCUCUUGACUAUGGCUAGCUCUAUGGUCCUCAAACUUGCUUGUUUGGUGGCACUGUGCACGGUGGCAAUUGCCCGCUUGGCCACGGCUGAUAUAAGCUGUGGACAGGUGGUGAAUUACCUCAUGCCAUGCGUUAGCUACGUCCAAAAUGGUGGCACGGUGCCUGCAAACUGCUGCGGUGGCAUCAAGACGCUGUAUCAAGCAGCUCAGACGACGGCAGACCGUCAGAGUGUGUGCAACUGCUUGAAAAAUGCACUCAAUCAAGUUCCAUUUCCAUACACCAACUACAACCUCGGCCUGGCUGCUGGGCUUCCCGCCAAAUGCGGCAUUGAUCUUCCUUACAAGAUCAGUCCCUCUACUGACUGUAAAAGCGUGAAGUGAAUGAGGAAGCUGCAGCAGUGAAAGUGUAUACCUAAGCAUAUGGUUUUAGAAUAAGAGGACGCUUUAAGUCCCCUGGAACUUCCUUCCCGUUAGUGAGGAAGCUUCUAGUGUGAGAGAUCUAAUUUGUAGCCUCUUUAGUCUUACUUGUGCGUCUUGUAUCAUCUACUUCUAUCCAUCUACUUGUAUGUAUUGUGUUGCAAUGUUGUUUAAAUUAACUUAAGUA